CGCAUGCCGUCUAAACAAUAUCAACAUUUGUGAUUAGGAUAUCUCGUAAUACGUGAAUAUGAUUAAUAUAACGCCCUUGGGAAAGUACCUCUUACUUUUUAUAUUAUGUUAUAGCAAUGCUGAAGCAGCGCAUAGCACGCGAUAUCCCAUAGGAGGACUGUUUAACGCAAAAACAUUACCGACUACAGAACUGGCUUUCGAAAAUAUUGUGAAACUAGGCGGGAGUAAAGCAUAUCAUGGAAGACCUAUUCGUUCGCAAGUUGAUGACAGUUAUUCCACUGCUUUAGAAAUGUGUGACAAUACAUCAGAUAAUAAAGGUAUAGUUGCGCUGAUAGAUGCAAGGCCCACAGAUGACAUGUGCGACUUUACUUGCAUGAUAUGUAACAGUCUUAAUAUUUCAUAUCUAACAUUAGGAUGGGAGCCCCAAGAAACAUUGGAACAGGAUUUAUUCACGUUCGCAUUUCAUCCUGCACCGGAUAUGAUAUCAAAAGCUUAUGCGACGCUUAUUAAAAAACUCCAGUGGGAUAAAUUCACAAUUCUUUAUGAGGAUGAUAGCAGUUUUAUACGUCUCCAAGAAAUAAUAAAUACCUGGCCAUACAAUAGUGAUCCAAUACUAUACAGAAAAUUAAACCCCGAAGGAAACAAUCUUGAGACGUUCAAAUAUAUAUUCAAAGUUGCACAUAUGAGUUACCACGUGUUGGACUGUGAUAAAAAAAAUAUUUUAAGCUAUAUGAGGGAGAUAGUACAGGUGGAAAACUCUACCCAGUACCAGAGUUUCAUCCUAACGGCUCUCGAUGCAUACACUGUGAAACUUGACGAGAUCGACGAACUUCUAGCAAAUGUUUCAACGAUGCAUCUAACCACGUCUAAUGAUGUGAACUGGAAGGAUUUGGAUAUGAACAGUGAUAGUAUACGGUUAGAGACAGCUCUAGCAGCAGAUGCUCUGAAUCACCUCGAAAAAGCUUUGAGAAGUAUGGGAAUAGCCGAGGAUAUAGAUAAUCCACCACCAUUGUGCUUUAGAGAUGCUAAAAUCGAUUACAAGGAAGCUGCGUGGCCGAAAGGAGAUGACUUGCGCAAAGCUCUGUUAGAGACUAAAACAAAGGGUUUUACUGGGAACAUUGAGUUCAAUGAAUUUGGCAAGAGAAUAAACUUCAAACUUCAUUACUCAAAGUUAAGUAAUGUAAGUGAAUUUAUACAUGUUGGCCAUUGGGAUUCAAAGACAGAUAUUAUAACAGACGAGAAAGAAGUUAAGGAGCGAUCUUCGACUUCCAAAUCGGUUAUACGGGUAGUGUCUAAAAAGGGAAAACCGUACUUUGAUGUUGUGCAAGACAAUGGUAAUAUAACAUUCCGGGGAUACGCCGUUGACCUUAUGCAGAACAUAUUUGAACAUAUGGUGAAAAAUAAUCUUAUAAAUAAGGAAUUAAAAUACGAAUUUUAUAGAGAAAGUGAAGACAAAUACGGUAAUCCGAUAGCUGGAACUAAGAAGUGGGAUGGAUUAAUUGGAGAACUGAUUGAGCAUAAAGCUGAGCUAGCUAUCUGCGAUAUUACAAUAUCAUCGGAGCGCAAUGCCGUUGUUGACUUCUCAACACCAUUUAUGAGUUUAGGGAUCAGUUUGGUAACCAAAGAACCCGAGCCCGUUCAACCAGAUAUGUUUUCAUUUAUGAAUCCUUUGUCUUUGGAUGUGUGGUUAUAUUUAGCGACAACGUAUAUCAUAGUUUCUUUCGUCUUACUUAUUUGUGCUCGUAUGAGCCCGGACGAUUGGGUGAAUCCUCAUCCCUGUAAUCAGAACCCUGAAAACCUUCAGAAUAUUUGGAGCUUAUAUAAUUGUAUGUGGCUCACUAUGGGUGCUAUUAUGACCCAGGGCUGUGAUAUAUUGCCAAGAGCGGCAGGCUCUAGGUGGGUGGCAGGCAUGUGGUGGUUUUUUGCUCUCAUCGUGACUGCAUCAUACACAGCCAAUAUGUCCAGUUUCGUCAGUGCCAGCAGGCGAAGCAAUGAGAUAAAAGACGCAAAGGACCUGGUCGAACAGAGCAGUAUCGCGUAUGGAACUGUAGAUAACGCAUCGACUUAUAAGUUCUUUGAAAAUUCCAACGACACGGUGUUUAAGAAGCUAUGGGCCGUAAUGAAAACAGCGAAACCCACGGUUUUCACUAGCAGCAAUGAAGAAGGUGUCAAUCGCGUGCGACAAAGUAAAGGAAAAUAUGCAUUUUUUAUGGAGUCUACCCAACUGGAAUACGCAAUGCAUAGACACUGUGACUUGAAAAUGGUCGGGUCGAAACUGGAUUCGAAGGACUACGGUAUAGCGAUGCCAAAAAAUUCUCCCUAUAAGAAUGCGAUCGAUACAGCUAUCUUAGCUCUUCAAGCAUCGGGAACGCUGUUCAAACUAAAAAAGACGUGGUGGGAAGACAUGGACAUAGAUGAAAAAUGCGAGAAAACAGAAAAUGAAGAGGACGACAGCGGGUCACUACAAAUGAAGAAUACAAGUGGAAUAUUCAUAGUGCUUGGCUUUGGCGGGCUGCUAGGGUUUUUAGUGGCCAUUGUAGACUUCCUCUUACACACUUACAAGAUUUGUGUAAAAGAAAAGGUAAGAUUUAAAGAGGCACUUAUAAGCGAAUGGCGAGCUUCGUUGGACCCCCGCGCACUGCAUCGAUUGGCCGCGCCACCUCGUUCAGCCGCGCCAUCCACUGCAACUCCAUCUCCGCAGCGAGAGAGAUCGCAGUCUCGAGCCGUUUCUGUUCUGCGAGCAGCUACUUCCUUUAUCAAUUUUGAUGAAAUUUACUAACA